CUCCGCCUUGAUGUCAAUUUGACAGCUUUCAAGAUGGCGGAGGUUGUUCGGAGAAAGUGAUCUAGACAGGAUAACAGAGCAUUAAAGUGGCUGUAGUGUUUAUACUUGCGGUAAUAAUUUAUCUGUAGACAUGUGCGGGGGAAAAUAAUAAGGCUGUCCUUUCGACUGGUGAGAAUAGAAUUAUUGGACAUAAACUGGGAAUUCAGUGGCCAGUUGCGAGGCAGCGAGGAAUUUGCAUCAAGCAACGUUAGCUAGCUGGCUAUCUAGCUUGCAAGCUAUCUUGUUUAGCCGGGGCUGUUAUCUAGCUAGCUAACUUAGUAUACAUUAGAUGAUAACUGCAAGUAGCAGAUGUGGUUAAUAAUUAACAGGGUAAGAGGCUUGUUCCGAAGUUGGCCUAUACCGUUGUAAUAUUGCGGACAAUGGUUGAUUUACUGAAACAUUAAUCUUUUUGGUACCCAAUAACAUCCGCGCUUUACAUUCGUGCAAGGCCCGCUUGAAACUGUUAUUGUUAACUUCAGCGAGGACUGCAGUACCUGCUGCUGUUUAUCCCAACACGAGCUCAAUUCUUAUUCUCAUUUGCUCUCCACAGACGACAUGGCUCAUUCCACUGCCCAGAGCGGCCUGUCAGGGAUACAGUGUAAUAACAGAACUGACCCUGAGGAGCUCUUCACCAAGCUGGAGAAGAUCGGAAAGGGCUCUUUUGGGGAGGUGUUCAAAGGCAUCGAUAAACGCACCCAGUCUGUGAUCGCCAUUAAGAUAAUCGACCUGGAGGAGGCGGAGGAUGACAUCGAGGACAUUCAGCAGGAGAUCACAGUCCUGAGCCAGUGUGACAGCCCCUUUGUCACCAAGUACUAUGGCUCCUACCUGAAGGACACAAAGUUAUGGAUCAUCAUGGAAUACUUAGGGGGUGGAUCAGCAUUAGAUUUGAUGGAGCCUGGGGUUCUGGACGAGUCCCAGAUCGCCACCAUCCUCCGUGAGAUCCUAAAGGGGCUUGAGUACCUGCACUCAGAGAAGAAGAUCCACCGAGACAUCAAAGCUGCCAACGUGCUGCUGUCCGAGCAGGGCGAGGUGAAGCUGGCUGACUUUGGCGUGGCCGGCCAGCUGACUGACACGCAGAUCAAGAGGAACACGUUUGUGGGCACGCCGUUCUGGAUGGCGCCUGAGGUCAUCCAGCAAUCAGCGUACGACUUAAAGGCAGACAUAUGGUCUCUGGGCAUAACGGCCAUUGAGCUGGCCAAAGGAGAACCGCCCCACUCUGAACUGCACCCCAUGAAGGUGUUGUUCCUCAUCCCAAAGACCAAUCCUCCCACGCUAGAAGGAAACUACAGCAAACCCCUCAAAGACUUUGUAGAAGCCUGUCUGAACAAAGAGCCCAGCUUUAGGCCCACAGCCAAAGAGCUUUUGAAACAUAAGCUAUUCAUACGUCAUGCCAAAAAGACGUCAUUUCUGACGGAGCUCAUCGACAAAAACAAGAGGUGGAAGGCUGAGCGGUCACGAGACGAAUCGAGCUCAGAGGACUCCGAUUCAGAGCAGGACCAGUCUGGGAGUAAAGACCCCGCAGAUGAUAACUGGGCAUUCGACACCAUCAAGGAUCCCAAGGAGCUGCUCAUUGGCUUGGCCCAGCUAAACGAGCAGGAGGCAAACAAGCCUCCGGACAGUCCAGAGAGGCCUUUCUCACAGAGCCUGACCACAAUAAUCGCUGAGUUAAAGGAGCGGGGCCAGGCAAGCAACGGUAAACCAGAGGGUCUGGAUGCGCCGCGCAAGGCCACUCUGGAGGCGCUGCACAAGGCCGUCCUCCUGGCUGAGAAGGCCUGCCCCGGCAUCUCCGACUCCUUGGUGGCUGAGCUGGAGGAGAGGUUUCGGAGGUUGUCUUCGUCAUCCCGCUGAGUGGCUGCUUCAGCUGGCGUCGCAGCCAUCAGGGCGUCAUCCUGGACCAACAGCCCCAGUGAACUCUCCCCCAGGGAGGGAGACUCCUCAUUCACUCACAGCAACAAAAAAAACGUUGAGCUUGUCGUUCGCUUUAGUUGUGUGUUUUUUGUUUUUCUUGUGAAGCCGGCGUCCAGGUGGAGUGAUGCGCUGGCAAGCUGCCUCUGAGCUUUGGGUUGAUCAACCUGCUGUAAGGCACUCAUGUUGGGAGUGUGUUUACCUCUGAAUCCACUGUUUUGGGUUGAUCAACCUGCUGUAAGGCACUCCUGUUGGGAGUGUGUUUACCUCUGAAUCCACUGUUUUGGGGGGGGUGGGGGAGGGAGGAGGUUCUGUACAAAAGGGUCAGUGAUCGGGGUUCAAAUAAUGUCCUGUCUCUGGCUUUUUAUGUAUAGGGAACCACAAUAGCUGGCUCAACACAUUUUGUUGCUUUGUAAACUCAGGUAUUCUGGUUUCAGUGAAUUGGCUGAUUUUUAGAGAUUGAACACUCUGAUAGGCUGGCUGUACAAAUCUUGUAAAUACGCUUCUUUUUACAGAUGUAGAAAAAUAAUGGAGGGUACAUUAAGGAAUCACUGUGUACAAAUGGCCAAAUGCUUCUGUAGAUAGUAAAAGGUUAAUUAUUUAAGUAGAAUCAUAAAUGGCCAUAACUGAGAUUGCCUUGUCUUUUUAUAUUUUCAUUUUUAACUUCGAAUAUUUUUUUUCCAUUAUUUUUUUCCUCCCCCUUCUAAGUUGAAUUUUAGUACAUUUCUGACUGAACAAUGACCUUUUAUUUUCAUUAGUACCUCAGUUGGUUUAAACUCUUUAGAUUUAUAAAGUAAGAUUAAGACAUAAAGAAGUAAAUCAGGAUCACAAUCUGUCCAAGCCAACCCAGACUGACUGAGCACCCCCCCCCCAAAAAAAAUCAUGUUGGUACAGAUGAGUGAGAGUGACCUCAGCAAACCCUCUCAGUGUUUUUAUGCUUCUGCUGAGGUCACUUAGUCAGGAGGACCCAUCCUUGUCAUGCUGCAGUGACGGCUUCAUCCUCGACAGAUACAAGUCUUCCUGAGAAGUACAGGAGUGCAGUUGAGGAGUGUUCCAGCAGUUUGGAAUUGCGAGAAUACUUGCCUUUUAUAUAGAAGCUAGCCAUAGCCAUAAGACAUAAGCAUGAUUUUAAGUGUACAGGUACGCCAUGUGCAAUGACAUCUACCCAACUUAGGAAAGAUGGGAAUUAAGCAUUGCAUGUUACCUCUAUUUCCUUUCAUGUGGAUCGGCAAAAAUGACAUUCGGAAAUGAAACAUUUCACUGAAUAAUAUAGUAGUAAUAACCUCCAAAUCAAACACAAACUCAACCUUGGUUUUCUGUUGGGUAUAGGAAAAAGAUGGCGAGAAAGAAGCCAUGCGUCUGUUUUAAACAGUGCACUUUUGCCUGCCACAGUAUGCUUGGAGAGGUUGUUCAGAUGAACGUGAAUGAGGAGCAGCUGUGUGAGAGGUAUGUGUUAUAGCAUACUGCAGGAGUGGAGACACUGCCGCUCAGAUCCUGAGGAUGUCUGCCUUAGCAUCUCAGCUCCAGAGUGGGAUGCCGUUAGAACCCAACUCAAGCUUCGACAGAGUUGAGCCAAGUGUUGCCCUGCUUCAGGCCAUGGCAAAGAUGGCUCCCAGCCCAUAGCCAUCACAGUGUGUAUGCAGCAAUAACAGUCCUAAAAGGCUUGGUGAGGCUUAAGUGAGUGUGUUUAUUUGAGCACAUUUCAGUUGUAGUGUAGUGCUACCCUGUUUUGUUCUUUUUUUUUAAUUUGGUAAAUAUGUCCUUGUUAGUUUAACUUACAGUUUUUGCAGGGUAUAGUGAUUUUAGUGAUGGUAAACAGUGGUUGCCAUAGCAUACUGAUUUUUGUUCAUAGGUUUUUCUAUUUGCCAGGUGUUUCAGUGCUGAUGCUUUCUUUGGUAUAAGUAGGCUUGUGUCAUCGUGUCAGCCGUGUUGUCAAACUUGAAAUGUUAUCGCCAAAUUAGGGUCUGAACAGAGGCCUUCUGGUCUUGUAGUUUUGAGUGAGUCACACGGCAUGUGUGAAGUUAUAUGUUUAUGCUCUUUUCAUGACUAUUUUAACUUGGACAAACAACAUUCCUACUGUAUGUAACAUCCUUCAGUGAUGAUUUUUUUUCUUCAUGGACAUCCCUUUUCUGUCUUUCUCCUACUUCUGUUUUAUAUUGUGACAACAAUUAAGUGCCAUGUCUGCAAUCCUCUCCCUUGUCAGAUUUCAUUUCAGUGUUAUUUGCACCUUGUGGGACUGUCCAGUUCAGUUAUUAAUGUGUUGCACUUUGUAAAAUGUUUUUUUAAGGACUUGAGAAAAGAGUGGUACUUGACUUAUAUGUUCUCAUGUCUUAAAUGAUUGCUACUGUACCUUUUGUGAGUAUGGCAAUAAAUUAUUCAGCUCAUCAGGACAUUUUUCAGCACUGGUAGGCUAUAUUAUAUUGAGCAAAUCGAAAUAAAUCCAGUAUUUUUGUAACUAAGAAUAGCAGUAUUAUUGCGUACUAUUAUAUAAUCUGACAUUCAAAUGAAUGGUAAUGGGAGGCUUAUCAUGAUUUCCAUUUUCUGUAACCUGGCUGACUGUUUAUAGUCCUCCUGUAGAUAAUCCUUGCUCUUGUCUUUCAAACUCCAGAGUGUUGAAAUCCUUUUAUGCUUUUAAGUGAUUUAAGAAAAAUAAAAUCAAAUUCGUAA